AUGGCUACUGUAGCUCAUCUCCCACUUCUCUGCAAACCAUCACCACCACAGCCUAACAAUCUCUUCUCCACCAUCCCGAAAACUCGGUUCAACCCACAAUUCAAACCCACCCGGUUCAAAUGUUUAGCCAGCCAAACCGGGUUCUUUACUAAACUAGGCCGCUUAAUAAAAGAGAAAGCCAAAAGCGAUGUGGAAAAAAUCUUCUCAGGUUUCUCCAAAACCAGAGACAACCUUGCCGUCAUUGAUGAACUCUUACUUUACUGGAACCUCUCUGACACCGACCGUGUCCUCGACGAACUCGAGGAGGCUUUGUUGGUGUCUGAUUUUGGGCCAAGAAUUACUAUUCAGAUUGUGGAGAGUUUGAGGGAGGAUAUAUUAGCAGGGAAGCUUAAAUCAGGGAGUGAAAUAAAGGAUGCACUGAAGAAGAGUGUGCUGGAUUUGCUAGAGAAGAAAGGGAAUAAAACUGAGCUUCAACUUGGAUUCAGGAAACCGGCUGUUGUAAUGAUAGUUGGUGUUAAUGGAGGUGGGAAGACAACAUCUCUUGGAAAGCUAGCAUAUAGAUUGAAGAAUGAAGGAGCAAAGGUACUGAUGGCAGCAGGUGAUACAUUUAGGGCAGCUGCCAGUGAUCAGUUGGAGAUAUGGGCCAAAAGAACUGGGUGUGAGAUUGUUGUGGCUGAAAGAGAAAAGGCCAAAGCAUCAUCAGUUCUUUCUCAGGCUGUGAUGAAAGGGAAAGAACAGGAAUUUGAUAUUGUUUUGUGUGACACAUCUGGACGUCUCCACACUAAUUACAGCCUCAUGGAAGAGUUAAUAGCAUGCAAGAAAGCUGUAGGCAAAAUAGUUCGUGGCGCGCCUAAUGAGAUCUUACUGGUAUUGGAUGGGACUACUGGUUUGAAUAUGCUUCCACAAGCAAGAGAGUUCAAUGAAGUUGUUGGAAUAACUGGUUUCAUUUUGACAAAACUCGAUGGGUCUGCUAGAGGCGGCUGUGUGGUCAGUGUCGUUGAUGAGCUUGGCAUCCCUGUAAAGUUCGUGGGUGUUGGAGAAGGUGUGGAAGACCUCCAACCCUUUGAUGCUGAGGCUUUUGUUAAUGCCAUAUUUUCUAUGAAGGUUGAGAAUCUUGUGCCGUAUUGGUGA